UUUGUUCUGAUAGACCGCAUGCUUCAGAGGGAUCCCAAACAACGAGCCUCCCUUGAGGAGAUUGAGAGCCAUGCCUGGCUGCAGGGUGUGGACCCAUCCCCAGCCACCAAGUAUAGCACUCCCCUGGUCUCUCACAAAAACCUGUCAGAGGAGGAACAUAACAGCAUCAUCCAGCGCAUGGUGCUGGGAGACAUUGCAGAUCGGGAGACCAUAGUCGAAGCCCUAGAGACCAACAAAUACAACCACAUCACAGCUACAUACUACCUGCUAGCAGAAAGAAUCCUGAGGGAGAAGCAGGAGAAGGAUGUGCAGACCCGCUCCUCAAGUCCCAGCAACAUCAAGGCACACUUCAGGCAGUCCUGGCCCACCAGAGUGGAUAUGCACCAGGAUAUUGAGGACAGUUUAGCAGCUUCGUCCAUCUCUCACGCAGGAGGCCCUCAGUCCCCUGCUCGCAGUGCUGAGAACCUGCUCAAUGGACAUCGCUCUAAAGCCAUGAUGGAGCUGGGCAGACGGGAAGAGAGCACGGUGACUGACUCUCCGGGGUCGGCACAGGGAGCGUGUGCUGCUGCUUCAGGUCCUGCUCCUGGCACCAUCAGGACUCCCACUCCCUCCACCUCAGCAGCAGCUAAGCAGCGAACCUGCCUGUUCAGAGUGGAGGAGGAUGAAGAGGAGGAGGAAGAGCAGGACCCGUCUCCCCUACCAACUCAGGUGAUCCUGCGGCGGAAGCCCCCCUCCAUCACCAACCGCCUUACGUCCAGGAAGAGUGCCCCAGUGCUCAACCAGAUCUUUGAAGAGGAGGGAGAGUCCGACGAUGACUUCGACAUGGAUGAGGGUCUGCCGCCCAAACUCAGCCGUCUCAAAAUGAACAUGGCCGGGAACGCCGGCACUCUGAGCUCGUCGUCGUCCCCGGGAUCCACGCAGAAGCGCUAUCAUCGGCGCAAGAGUCAGGGAAGGGGAUCGUCAUGCUCGAGCUCUGAGACGAGCGAUGAUGACUCCGAGAGCCACCGGAGGCGCCUGGAUAAAGACUCAGGCUUCAGCUACAGCUGGAACAGGAGGGACAGCAGUGAAGGGCCACCUGGCAGCGAGGGGGGGAACGGUGGAGGCAGCAGCUCAGGGCAGGGGAAGCCCCCCACUGAGGGAGGAGGGUCCUCUGGCCCAGACAGGGGGAGUCCUGGAGCGGGAGGUAACGGAGGAGGACAGAGUGGCAGUGGAGGAGGGGGGAGUGGGGGAGGAGGAGGGGGUAAUAAAGGACAAGACAGCCCUUCCAGUUGUUGUAACAACAGUAGCACUACUAACCCGUCCCUUGGCUCUCAGCCCCGGGCCUCGCGCACUGCAAGCCGCAGCGCUGAGCUGGUGGAGAGUCUCAAGCUGAUGAGCUUGUGCCUCAGCUCACAGCUGCAGCACCACCACGCUGGGAGAGGUGGUCGAGGGGGUGGGGGGAAAUUCAUCAUAGACCCCCAUAGCCUCUCAGGAGGGAGUGUGAAAAUCCAGGAGAAGUCCACCUGGAGGAUGUGCAUCGGGUCCACCGGGAGCCUGGACACCAUCACCCUCCCCACCACCACUAUCACCGGCCUGCCUCGCACCCAUGCCCCACAACACCAUCACAACCGCAAAACCGUGCCGCACAGCGGCCCGGGUGGCAGGAACACUCAUGGCAACCUGAGCACCCUGAAGAACAGCGUGAUUCAACUACCUCUGUGCGAGAAGACCAUCUCUGUCAACAUCCAGCGAGGUGGAGGCUCCAGGGAUGGCCUGCUCUGUACCUCAGCUCCAGCCAGCUGCUGCCAGGUCAUCUGAAGCUCGCUGUGGACCAUGACCCACCGACACCAAGUUUUCUCAGUCACUCUUCCCCUCCUGCUUCAGG